UCCGGGGUGCGGAGCGUGGCUUGUUGUAGUGCUUGAUGUUCCAUUUGCAAAGUUUCCGAACAGACGUUUCUGGAAGAAUAGUGAGAUUGAUUUGCGAGCUAUGGUUCAGUUACACAUCAAGCAAGGUACCGAGAGCCAGUUUUUACUUGAUACUACAGUAGAUAUUGCAGUGGAGGACCUAACCAAGCAAGUAGCUGCCAUUUACAAUGGAAGGCUUAAGAUUGACCGGAUCUGUACAGAAAUAUAUGAACUGGCAGAGCAUGGUAUCUUUCUCCCUAUUAAUAUGCAAGGAUUGACAGAUGAGCAAAUAGAGGAACUAAAACUAAAGGAUGAGUGGGCAGAAAAAUGUGUACCAAGUGGAGGGUUUGAAUUUAAAAAGGACGAAAUUGGACGGAGAAAUGGACGUGCUCCCAAUGAAUCAAUGAAAAACGUCUUGAAAAGAACGGUAGAAGAAGCUAAAGCAUUGAUUUCAAAGAAACAAGUUCAGGCCAAUGUAUGUGUAACAAUGGAGAUGGUGAAGGAUGCACUUGACCAGUUGCGAGGAGCUGUUAUGAUUGUUUAUCCCAUGGGGCUGCCACCACAUGAUCCAAUCCGGGAAGAAUUUGAAGGGAAAGAAGAACUUUCAGGAUUACAAGCUGGGAAAUUGGUGACUGAGGAGGCCGAGGCUCAGCUGUGGUGGGCAGGAAAAGAGUUGCAGAGAAGCAAGAAACUUUCAGACUAUAUCGGCAAAAACGAGAAAACUAAAAUCAUUGUAAAGAUACAAAAACGAGGUCAGGGAGCUCCAGCAAGAGAGCCAAUUGUCAGUGAGGAUGAACAGAAGAAAAUGAUGAUGUACUAUUACAAACGACAAGAAGAACUCAAGAAACUUGAUGAAAAUGAUGACGAAUCGUAUCUUGACUCAGAUUGGUCGGACAGGCAUGCUCUAAAAAGGCAGUUUCAGGGUGUGACGGACAUAAAAUGGGGCCCCAGAAAAUAAUGAUACACAAUUCCUGGUACAUAUUUUUUAGAUUUCUAUCCUUAACAUUACACAAGAACACUGUACCUUCUAUUAUAAAGUACUUUGGCAAACAUAACAUUAAAUAAAGAAUCAUCAGUUGCCCUGUGAAAUUGCCUCUGCUUUAUGAUUUCAGCCUUGUUUUUAUAUUAAUUGUUCAACUUCUGAAACAAAUAGAAAAGUUUGGAUAGCUUGUACAA